UCUGAAAUUACCCUUCCUCUUUCUACUUCGUAAACUCCUUCGCCUAAACAUUCCUGUGUUGAGUUGUUUCUGUUCGGCUCUCUUUUUUAGUUUGAUUUUUUUAUAGGCUUUGAUUCUCGCUUCAAUCUGCCUGAUUUGAGUGAUUUCACCGUCGAUAGCUUCAAAAUAUCGAGGGAGUUCUGGAGUUUUCUCAGCUCGGUUUGCCUUUUAAAUGAUAAAUAACAGGAGUAGAGGUUUUGUCUGAGGAAGGAUUCGUUUGGCGAAUUGGCGAACUUUCCAGAGAGAGGCUAUUGCGUUUUACAACUCUGGCCGGCGCUCUAGUUAUACAUUGGCCAGCCAGCGGCUUAGGAGAGAGGUGUCUGUUUCCCGGUCCUCGAUCAUUUUUAUAUUGUCUCAGCUCAUUGGUUUGGUGCCUUCCGGUUGAUUAUGGCUAACUUUUGAUCGGACUGAUUAUCCAAUGUGAACCUAGUAUUCAACUCAAUCUGUAAUAUUGAGAUGUGGCUGCGUAAAUAUUGAAAAAGCCAACAAGAAAAAAACAAGAUAGUUAAGCUCUACUGUGUCUUGAGGAACUCAAGUUGCUGAAUUCUUGAUAUGGCGAAACUUAAUUGCUUCUUUUUACGAAUUGGGAAGAAGAAAAAGAAUAAGAUGGAUGUGAAGUCGUCAAGGGAUGCCGAAUUUUCAAACAAGAUUGCAGCCCUGCAAAUCAAUACUGAUCACCCUGUGAAACCUUUUCAAACUGAUGAGCUCAAAUUGACAUCCUUUAGUGUCUCGGUACCUUAUGACAUGCAAGAUAAUUCCCUUUGCAAUGUCAAGGUGAUGAGUCAUGAAAGUCCUGUUGGGAAUGAAGUGGCAGAGAUAGCGUAUGAAGGGGAAGAUGAGCAUGAAGAAAACAUAUCUGUCAAGAGGGAGUUCUCUGACUUUGAUCUCCAAGCACAUGUAACUAAUUCAGGUGAAGAAGAGGUUGAUCCUAGUAACCGAAAAUCCGGUUGCUUUGAUUCAAUUGAUAAAGCAGUGAAUGGACAAUUUAAAAACAAAGAUGAGAAAGGUAAUGAAAAGGGUGUUGAUAUAAUCCAGAGUGGACAUGUUAGUGAUCCAGGGAUUGGGAAGGCCGAAUUCUGGGCCUCACCGAAGCUUCAGCGCUCCUGCUCUAAUUUGGAAACAAGGGUUGUGCUGAGAAAGAUUGCAGAUCAAUUGCCUCCUUCAAAAUCUGAGUCUUAUGAUGAAUUGCAGGAACUAGCUUCAAAGUUGAGGCAGAAUUUUGAUCCUGGGAGUCCUGGAUCAGUGAAGAGCCAUUUGAGUGCUGAUAGAGUGAUGUUAAAAAAACAUUCAUCGAGCCAAAUUCUGCCUUCCAGGAGUAGAAGGUUGUGGUGGAAAUUGUUCCUGUGGAGCCAUAGGAAUUUGCACAAACCAUGGAUUUCAAGACGUCAACCAGUUCCUAUUGUUGCUGCUCAAAAGCAGCAGGGUGGGUACUCUUCGGAUACACUUGAACCAAAUAGAGGUAUGAAUUCUGGAAAAGUUUUAUCCCCUGGAUCAUAUACUGAUGAAUCCUUAAACAAAGGUUGGAGUGGCAAUUAUAAUAAUUGCAACCGCAGCUGGGAUGGUUUUGAUAAUGGAAUUUCUGCCUUUUGGCCGCAUAACCAAUGGGUUGCUUUUCAACCAGAAUCAGCUUCUUUCAAAAGAGUAAAUGAGUGGGUGAAAGGUCUUGAAACGCCAACCCCAAUUCCAGUUGUUGAUGAUGAGGGUUUUGUCUUCCCACCCUCUCAUGACACUGGUAAGUCACCAGCUAGAAGUACUGCCCACUUGACUUAUCGUACGGAUAUCAAUCUUCCAGUGGAGGUUUUGCAUGCCAAUAGUGUAAUCCAGUCUUUGAAUUCUUCUUCAACUGUGGCUCACAUUGCUGGUAUAGGCUUGAAAGCCAUCCCAACAAUCUCACGGUUCUCGGGUCUUCGGACUGUUAACUUGUCAAACAAUUUUAUAGUUCAUAUAACUGGAGGAUCACUGCCAAAGGGCCUUAAUACACUCAACCUGUCAAGAAAUAAGAUCACAACCAUUGAAGGUCUCAGAGAAUUGACCCGACUGCGAGUACUUGAUCUCAGUUAUAACCGCAUUUCUCACAUUGGACAUGGUUUGUCAAGCUGUACACUAAUAAAGGAACUCUAUCUUGCGGGAAACAAGAUCAGUGAUAUUGAGGGUUUGCAUAGGCUCUUGAAGCUGACUGUCUUAGACAUGAGCUUCAACAAGAUAACAACAACGAAAGCUCUUGGUCAGCUUGUGCCUAACUACCAUUCAUUGCUAGCUUUGAAUCUGUUGGGUAAUCCCAUUCAGAGUAACGUCGGUGAUGACCAGUUGCGCAAAGCAGUUUGUAGUCUACUUCCAAAGCUAGUGUAUCUAAACAAGCAGCCCAUCAAACCACAGCGAGCACGAGAGCUUCUCAAUAAUAGUGUUGCCAAAGCAGUCCUUGGGAGCAGCAGUCAGAGCACCAAAAGAAAAGCAGGGAAAAAACCAAGCCGAAGUGAAGCAUUCCCCAGUGGUCAAAGGAGCAGUGCAACAGCCGGGCAGAAAAAUAAGAGAAAGUUAAAGAGCCAAUCUCAUGGCCACUUGCCCUUGAAGACACUAUCAUCUGCACAUGCUUCAUCAUCCUCUGCACAUCUUCUCGGCUAAAACUGCUGUGUGAUUUCCGAAAAUUAGAGUUUUUCUUUUGGGGGGAUUGAUUGCUCUCAUAUCCACCUGAAGACUAUUGGUAUGCCAAACGUAAAAUAUGCUUUCUUGUUGGAGUGGUUUUGGUUUUUCAAUCAGAAUUCCUUAUGGUGUGGUUCAUUUUAGCUAUAAUGUCAAAGUGCUGAAUCUUCCUUGUACUUCACAGGGAAAUUUAAAUUAAAUGCUUUCAUUA